AUGGCCAAGGCCAACACGAAGCUGCUAGUGGCGCUUUUACUCUUGCAGGUCCUUACCCUCCACGUCCUUGCCGUCUCGGCCACCAAGCACCACAAGCCCGGCGCCAGCGCCGGCACCUGCCGCGCCAGCGGCGUCCUCCACGGCAAGGCCGGCAAGUGCAAGACGCUGCACGGCUCCGACUGCUGCGUCGCGGGCCGCAAGUACCCGCAGUUCCGGUGCUCGCCGCCCGUGUCCGCAAGUACGCCGGCGACCCUGACGCUGAACAGCUUCGAGAAGGGCAAGGACGGCGGCGGCCCGUCGGAGUGCGACCACCACUUCCACAAGGACAGCGAGAUGGUGGUCGCGCUGUCCUCCGGGUGGCUGCGGCUCGACGGCACGCGCCGCUGCGGCAAGAUGGUCCGCGUCACCGCCGCCAACGGCCGCUCCGUGCUGGCCAAGGUCGUCGACGAGUGCGACUCCGUGAACGGUUGCGACAACGAACACAACUUCGAGCCGCCGUGCCCCAACAACGUCGUGGACGGGUCGCCGGCGGUGUGGAAGGCGCUGGGGCUCAAGCAGAGCCUCGGGGAGGUCAAGGUCACCUGGUCUGACGUCUGA